AUGGCCAAACAUGUAGAAUUAACAGCAAGAAGUAUUGAGUGUAAGGCAAAACUUGACUUUAAUAAAAUGACUUCAACUAAAACUAAUUUUAUUAAAUUUCUUACUUGUGUUAUUGAUAUACUUUUCAAUGCUAAUAAAUUUGGACAUAUUCAAAAAUAUAGUACAAUUUUUAAACCAAAUCAAGCUCUUUUCAUAAAAAGUAUUAUUUUAAAACUUAAUAGUAAAGAAAGAAUUUUUUAUAAAUAA